AUGAUCGGUCAAGGGGCUGUCACUCCAUCUGCCGCUGGAGAGCGAUAUGCCCUAUUACAACGUGCCGACAGCCAGCAUCACCACACCUCCUCUGAAGAAAAGAUGUCUUCCCACGAUAGCGAAGACUCAGAUAUUCACGCGUUCAUUGACCAGCUUAAACUCGAGGAGCUCUGCCGUAUCGCCUCUGACAUCGAGGGCGGAGGCUCCUGUUCGUUGGGAGGCCAUACGGUUGGAGGUUUCAAUAUUAUCCAGGAGCUGGUCUUCCAGGAUGGUAAAGUCUGGCUGGCGAGAAUCCCGCGCCCUGAUAACUGUUUCGAGCCAGAGGAGGCGACUUUGUCAUACGCGGCGGUUCUCCGAUAUCUCAAAAAGCACAGUAGCAUCCCAGUACCAUCGGUAUAUGACUAUGCGGCGGCAUCUGAUAGCGGCAAUACCUUCGGGACCUCAUAUAUUCUGAUGGAAAAGCUACCGGGUCACGACUUGCCGACAUUCGACGACGACUCGGACGACGACUCGGACGACGACGACCUGGCGCCUGUGCAGCUUAGCGCGGCCAGGAAAAUACAUGAACAACUGACGGAUAUUAUUAUCGAGUUAGCUAGCCACCGGUUUGAGUCGAUUGGUUCUUUACGAGAGGACCCAGAGGGGAACUUCACAGUAGUUCAAUAUUGUGACCCAACCUAUACGUCGCAGCCGGAAGAACGGACGACAGCGUUCCACAGCCUGGAUCCCCACUAUAGAGGCCCGUAUCGCAGUAUUACCGACUUUUACUCUUCGAUCUCGGUCCUUAAUCUAACACAGGAGACCACUGGACCUGGACACAAGCAUAGCCCGCAGAUGAUUGCCGAUUAUAAGGCACUUGCCCGCCUGGCUCCGAAAAUCAUUAUUCCUGAGUUUGACAAUGGGCCAUUCGUCAUUGGUCACAAUGACUUGACGGUGCAGAAUAUCCUGGUCGAUGACGAAUUCAACAUCACAGGAAUUAUCGACUUUCCUGGAAACACUGUUCCCUUACCCUCGCUCUGUGUGUUUCCGUGGAUGUUCCACGACAACCUCUCAGGCCCAGUUGUCGCACGAGAUGCCUAUAAAGAAGUGUUCAUCUCUAAACACUCUGAUAAUGGAUCUUCCGCCCUUCAAUCGACAAGCGUGCGUCGCCAGUUGAUCGAGUCUGCCAUCACCCGAAACCAGUUUGAGCUGGCCCUGUUGGGCCCUAUGAUCAGCCUCGUUCUGCCAGAUCUUUAUGAAUCUAUCAAUGGGGAGAAAUAUGUACAGCAGGGAACUGGAGAUGGGGCGACGGCCUAG